UCGCAGUAGGAGCCCUGCUGAUACAAUACAGCCAUACACCACACUGGGUCGAGACCGGGAAUAGCUGGAAGAAUGGGGGAAAAAAGGGCCAAGAUGACCCCACACCUGUACAUGAGCUCAAAGAUCCUGAUGAAGCUCCUACUGGUCCUGUGCCUGGUCUCCCUCAUAGGACUACUUUUUGCCCACAAGGACCAGAUAGUUGAUAAUUUAUCACCAAGGUGGAGUGUCUAUUACAAGAGCUACCUAACAAAGGACAAUAGUGGGUCCGAAGAAAUAGACGAACAACUAGUCACAUCUACACAAUUUUCUACAGAGCCUCUACAACCUAAGGCCACCACCGCAGCCCCUUCUCCAAAACCAUCUAUGGCCCCCAACAAGCCUAUAAAAAUUACCCCUACACUUCAAAAAGUGUCCAUCAAGCCAAUAGAUGAGUUGGUGGAAUCAUCACAUGGACCCACCCAAAGACCAAAUGUGACCCUUAAGCUUCAGAAUGCAUCAACUCGAAAAUCCACAACCUUUAACUACUUGGGGGAGAAGUACGCCACCGAUGAGACACACGUCAAUUCUAAAUGUCCAAACCGCACAAGAGAUAAGCUCGGGAGUAAGGAAUUCCAAGAUAUGUUUUUGGAAAAAAUACCAGUUUUGCAGUGGAAAAAACAUGCUCAAGAGUCGGAAUACCAAAGACUUAAGAAAUACAAUGGAGCUCAAGGUUGGGAGGGAGUGACCUGGCAGAUUAUUAAGGAAUCACUUAACAUGUUGAACUCCACGGGUAAUGUCUACAUGUUCGAUACCUGGAGAGGGCAGAAGCCUUGUAUUCGGUGUGCUGUGGUGGGCAAUGGUGGCAUUUUGAAUGGAUCUGGAAUGGGACAAGAGAUUGAUUCCCAUGACUAUGUCUUCAGGGUGAAUGGUGCCAUUACGAAGGGUUUUGAGAAGGAUGUUGGCGAACGAACUUCGUUCUUUUCAUUCUCAACAAAUACAUUGAUGAACUCAUUAAAUUCAUAUGGGAAUAAAGGAUUCAAGAUGGUUCCCCGUACACCGGAAACCCGCUAUGUCAUCUUACCGGAUCAUGACAGAGACUAUUUAAUGGUGCGGGCAGCUCUCACAAACACCAUUAUUGAUCGGGGUUGGGACAAGGGCAAAGAUCCUUCCCACUAUUUUGGCAAGAACCUGACCACAGAACAUUUUAAGAUCCUGCACCCCGACUUUAUGCGAUACCUCAGAAACAGGUUCCUCAAUGAUCCAAUUUUAAGGACAACGAGUCGCGACAUUUAUCGGGCAUCUACAGGAGCCUCUCUGCUGCUGGCUGCUAUACACACUUGUGACCAGGUCAACGCUUAUGGGUUCAUGACGCCAAACUAUAAGAAAUUUUCCGACCACUACUUUGACUCCACCUACAAGCCGGUCAUCUUCUAUUCAAACCACAACUUCCGUAAGGAGAUGAUCCUCUGGCAGAAGCUGCACAAUGCCGGGGUAAUAAAGCUCUACAUGAGGGACUGAGGUUGGAGGAGCCAGACCCAGUCAUCCCGAAUAAGGACUCCACUGGCAACCUCAGGGGUGGGUACAUGAGAUGCCACCCUCCUGCCAGCUCUCUGCUUUGGCAGGUUACUUCAUUGACGUUAUCGCUCCGAUUCGACCAUGUGAUGGUCUCUUGUGGAAAGGACCAUUUAAGGGUUAUGUGGCUUGCCCAUGAGGGUUAUCUUCGGAGGGCACAGGCUGGACCUCCAGCGAGGACCAUAAUGCAGUUUCCAGCCAACUGUCAAGAUUAUUAUUUUUUUUAUCCAAAACUUGAAAAGCAUUUUCUUUACCUCCAGUCCUUAUCUGCAUUCUGGAAAGAUGGGUGGCCACCACAGCUUUUUGAGACUCCUGAACAGCUAGAGUGAAAUUCCUUUUUGCCUGCAUCGGAUAAUACGGAAAAGUUCAUGAAUCCAUUUUCUUUAAUCAUUUAGAAAGGUUGGUCAUCUGGAUCAGAUCUACAAUGUAAUAUGGACCAGGAGUAGAAGACCAAGCAGAAGGAACCAAUUAGGAAAUUCUUGAUGAGAAAUCAGCUGAGACCUCUGACACGAAGUUGCUUGUUUCUUCUGCAGAGGCCACUACUGGAGAAAUGUGGUAUUACAUUUUGCCCAUGUUGCUUGCAUCACUCUGCAGUCUGGCUAAUAGAGAGGGAGGGGUCCCAACCAGGGAAUGUCCUCCAUCAGGGGCGGAUUAAGUGGCCCAAAGACACCGGGCUGUUCCUCAAGCCUUGGUCCCAUGGGUUAAAAAAAAUUAUACUGCACGGUACACCGCCCAUCCCUAAUGCUAAAGACAUACCCUGACAUUAAAUUCAGCACUACCAAACAUACAGGAGAAUGCAGUACCACAUACCUAUUACAUCCAGUGAGGUCUCCUCUGAUGUAGACAUUCUGUUUCAUCAUCUUCCCCAAGGAAGCAGAUGCCGUCUUAGGUUGAUGCCACACAGACAUCUCUGGUUCCUUGCUUUUCUCUCAUCCUCCUCC